AACCUCGGAGUCAGUCAGCUGAUGUGGUGACCGGAGGGAGGAUGUGUGCUCCAGCCCUCAGUGUUGUCCUUUAUUCUUAGUGUAGCGGUCGUGUGAGACAGUGCACUGAAUUAUAGCUCGUGGAAACUCAAAGUGGUGAGAAAGCCGCCAUCAUGAGUGGGUUUGACGAGAUCCUAGGCACCAAAAUAGAGGUGAGGAAGAGGACUUUAGGGACGUCACUGGACAAGGAUCUGUGUGACGGCGCGCUGGAGCAAGACUUAUUCCCAGAGUUUACUAAGUUACUGGAGGAUGCUGUGCCCGGGGACGACGAGAGCGAGGGCUGCCCACUUCCUGGCACCCCCGAGGACGAGUCUCUCAUCGAUGCCAAGGAGGAUGAGGAGUUGAGGCACCGAGUAGUGAACCGCGAGUCACACGAUGAUGACCUGGUGCUCAGCUCGAUGGCCCAGAGUGCCUUCGAGACGGCGGAGGAGCUGGUGCACAAGGUGUGGGAGGAGGUGUCCAGCUGGAAGACGCAACCUUUCUCCAAGCUCCCCAAGUGGCUGCAAGACAACGACUACCUGCACCACUGGCACAGACCGCCACUUCCCUCCUUUGCCGCCUGUUUCAAAUCCAUCUUCAGGAUUCACACCGAGACAGGCAACAUUUGGACUCAUCUGUUAGGCUGUAUAUCCUUCAUUGGGGUGAUGGUGUACUUCCUGACGGGCUCUUCCCUGGGCCAACACUGGGUGCAGGUAGACCUCAAGGAGAAGUUGGUGUUCACUGCCUUCUUCAUCGGUGCCAUCUUCUGCCUCGGACUCUCCUUCACCUUCCACACAGUGUCCUGCCACUCCGAGUUUGUGGGGAAGCUCUUUAGCAAACUCGAUUACUGUGGCAUUGCACUGCUCAUCAUGGGCUCCUUCGUCCCAUGGCUGUACUACGGCUUCUACUGUGACUUCCAGCCCAAGCUGAUCUACCUAACAGCCGUGGUGUUGCUGGGCAUCACCACCAUCGUUGUGUCCCUGUGGGAGAAAUUCAGCACACCCACCUUCAGGCCUCUCAGGGCAGCGGUGUUCCUGACCUUCGGGUUGUCUGGCAUCAUUCCUGCGGUGCACUACACGCUCAUUGAGGGCUUCGACUAUGCCAUCAGCCGCGCCUCCAUGGGCUGGCUCAUCCUCAUGGGGGCUCUGUAUGUGAUAGGUGCACUGCUCUAUGCUGUCAGAGUGCCAGAGAGAUUCUUCCCCGGCAAGUGUGACCUCUGGUUCCAAAGUCACCAAAUCUUCCACAUCCUGGUGAUAGCAGCAGCCUUCGUCCACUACCACGGGAUCUCUGAGAUGGCCAUGUACCGCCUCACACAUGGGGACUGCAGUGCGGAGGACCUGGCAGCCAUGGAGACCAAAGACCUGCUCUGAGGCCGUCCCAGGGGUGUGGGUGUGGAUGUGGGAGCGAGUGUGGCUGGGGGAGCUGCACCCUGGCUGGCCCAUGGGAGGAGAGGGAUGCACUAGAGCCACACAUUAUUCUUAUUAUGAUUAUUGUGUUAUUUAUUUUUCUCUCUCUUUUAGCCAUCACUUUGUGAGUUGACCUCAGAAAUAGCAAGGAAUGAAGUCGCUCGUGUUAGUUCCUCUUCGGUAUUUUAUUUGACAAAUGUCCAUAAAAUUUAUUGUUAUUAUUAUUAUUAUUAUUGGUAGGAUUAUAUUUCCCAAGGGGAACGUGAUUGAUAUGGCCCCAGUAAGAAAAGAAGGGGUCAUCAGUUUCUUUUGGACAAAAUACACUCUAUCAUCAUCAGUUACCAUCAUGAAGAAGCAGGUUUAGUGUACAUGUAUCCGUGUGCCAGUGUUCAGCGCCAGACCAGCCAGCGCCAGCAACACACAUGCGUUGCAAUCAUCUCAUCACCCUCGGCAUCAAUCAGCUGACGGACGGAGUGGCGAGAAAAUCAUUCUUAAGGAAGAUCACCGUCACUCUUCGGCCAGACAACCUGCAGUCGUUUCCAUGCCUUGUGAUACUAGAGUUAUGUGAACACUUCACUCAACGCAACCUUUGGAAGUCUCUGUAUAAUUAUUUGAACACACACACACAAUGCUGUUGCAGUGUAAGCUACAUUUGUUGCAUGUUGAUGCCUUGCUGUAUUGGCCCACCACUUGUAAGGACUCUGGUUAGGAUGUGACUCCGCGCUAUUUGAUACCCUUCAGUGGUAUUACACUAAAUGGCAUGUAUUGUGGUAGUGUCUUGGUAAGUGUGUUAUGCAACAGAGGACUGGGUUACAUCGGAAAGAUCUUUCAUUUGUGAACAUUAACUGUAACAGAUUAGUAAAUAGACUUGAAAACUAGUCGACUGUUUCUUGACUGUGCAGCAGCUGUCAACUUUGAUGCCUCCCAGAAAAGUUAAUGUUGAAUAUUUGCAACUUCUAGUAUAUUACAUAUUCAGUACUUUUGAUAUGUACAUAUUUUUGUCUACUUGCAAACUCCAUUAUGUUAUUCAGUAUGUUUCAAAUUGCUGUUCUUAAUGUUGUACUUUGACUUUUCCUGUCAAAGAAUGAUGGCUUGUUGCAUUAUGGCUUUGAAAAUAAGUACAAAAUACUACAACACUUGCAUUUGUUGGGCUUUUGGAAUUUUUUUUUUCUUUUCAAAGAUAACGGCACUUUUUUUCACUCUAUACCAGACUGAAAUCCUCCUUGUAGAGACAGGUCACCCAGACGAGACCACACCAUGCACAAGAGGAGUAGAGAUUCAGUUUAUGUACUUCAGGUCUUGCUUUUCUGUUCAAUAAUCCUAGAUCUCCCCAUUCCUGUAUGUUAAUAAUGAGACCCAGACGAUGUAAACCAUACAGUUUUAGAUCACCAGUCAUGAAAAGUAGUUGCAGCAAUGAUAAAGCUAUUUUUAUAUGAACUGUAUUGUAUCUGAGGUAAGAGCUCCUCUUUUUUCUGUCUUCAAGAGACCAUCUGUUUGUGUGUAUAUGUUGUGUAGGAUGUGAAGACAACUAUACUCAAAUACUGAAAAGUUCAUUGUGCAGGGUGUAGAGGCCGGCAAAGCUAACCGUCAGAGAAAGGUUGAUCAGGCCGAGUGGUGUCUGCCGUGCGUGUCACCCAAUCAGCUAAUGCUAUCAGCUGUGUGUCUGUACCUCAUUUGGGAGAGGUUGAAACUUCUUUGGCAUGAGGUAACGUAAUUCCAUAAAAGAUCAUCUGUUGAAAGAGUGUAUGUAGUACUUGCAUUUAUACAUCAAGAUGGGUAGAACAACAUGCAAAAAGUUUGCUGUUGUUUUGGAUUAUUUGCUGCAUUUGUGCAAGCCAGCCACUUACACAGCAAGCACUAGUGAUGGUCUCAUUUAGGUGUCUGCAUAUGCCUUGCCACCACGUUAGAUUACCAAGUUCUUGGCUAGCAGUUCGUGUGCUAGGUCUGUGAAGCUUUGAGAAUCAUAUUGUGCAGCGUCACACAGGGACAGUCUGGUAUACUCAUGGCAGCAUGGGAUGACAGGUAUUACAUAUCACUUGGACAUGCAGGAUGGUAUGCUUAAGGAAUGAUGAUAUCUGAAGCAGCUAUACAUACUGAUAAGAUUGUUUACAGCCAGCAUAUGUGUGAGGUUAUCAACAGAGCACUUCUGCAGCCACUGCUUAAUUUAUCUCUAGGAUUCAAAGUAUGACAUGUGUAAGUCAAAUACUGUGCAUUUAAAUGUAAUGCUUAGUUUCCUCUAUGGACGUAGAAAUACAAUGGAUGGCUUAACUCUCAUUUACCUAAUUUUUUACUUGCGUCAUUUUCUCAACAUUCAUCAUGUAAUUAAUAACAAGUUGAUAAAUCAAAGAGGACAGGUGUGAUGGUGGAUAUUGAGAAAAGUACAACACUGCCAAACCAGAUGCUUUGAUAAUCAUAGCCCUGCCUUAACUUCCCUUGGACAACUGUCACUUCAAGUAGGGAAGCACUGCAGCAAUCCAUUCACCCCCUUUUGUAUUCAUGGAAGGGGGAAUUUGCAUCUGGGGAUGGUUGAUACACUACAAGAUGGGGCUAAGAAGAAGCAUUGUUGUUUAUUUUCCUCAACUUGGAAAUAGGAAGGAUUAAUAUUGUACUUUGUCUUUUCAGUCAUUAGCAUAUGAAUAGCUUAUUUGUAUUUAUGUGUGACCUUUGAUCAUUUGUGUGUUGUAAAAAGCUGUAUUAGUAAGUUUUAGUCGCUACAUUUCUUUUUGCAGACAAACAUUUGUUUCAAGUAGCCUUUGCCUAUUGGUGUGUGACCUUGAAACAUAGAAUUUUUAUCUAUCCCUUACAUUCCACUCUCCUUUAAGGAGGUUGAUCCACAUCCUUCCUUCAUACCCUCAGUCCCUCCUUCCCUCUCUGCCUUUAAAGAUUCGCCUGCAAGCUGAGCGGUUCAUGCGUCACUCCAGCCACGUGACACGCACACCGUCAUGGUGUUUGCUGCUGAGUGUAAACAUCUUUUUGACUGCUCAUCCAUUAGGCGUUCUGGCCGUGCUUCACGAAUAGGUUAUCUUAGUUGAUGUGAGUAUGUGACGUUCAUUGUGCUGGUACUUAUUUUGGUUGGUCAUCAUUUCAUUCAUCCAGGUAUAUCAUCAAUCAUAAGCCAUGUGUAGGAGCGCGAUUUGUGUCUCCUGUAUUUCCCGCGCCUUAAAGUGAUGAAAUCACGCCUACUGCUCAACAUUCUGCAGAGGGUUGUUCGCUCUUUCAGAAUGUGAAGUGGUAAUGAAUAUACAGUAUACAUAUUUCACCAUGGUCACUGUGUUAAAACAUACACCAUGUGGAAUGCAAAUGAGGCAGGUAACAGUGCUGGUUCAGGGUUAUAGUGUACAGGGCAUUACUCUGGGCAUUACUGCUUCAGAAACUUGCAUAGGUGCAGAUGGCAUCCUUCAAGACUGUCACCCCAGCCCAUUUCCCUUGUAACUGUGUACUGAUGCUCAGACUUACAUACAUAUGAAGCGUGAAUGGGUAGGAAUACUAUUACUGUUCAUUUUCCUUAAGUGUGAAAAUGUCAGGUGUUACCAAUCUCUGGCUCCCUCGCGUCCUAUCACGGCCGUGCAAUCAGGUCUCGACACGAGGGAGCUGUCAGGGCAGCAGGUUAAAUUAUGUUGUGAGCUAUGCUCAGUCUUGAAGCUUUUUGUCAGUAUUCAGCAAUUUUAUUAAUGGCUGGCUGUAUUUUUCUUAUACUUUUUUUUUCUUUGUGCCCAAUUAUUUUUUAGAGAUUGAUGCUUUGAUUUUCAGCAAGAAAGCCAUUGUUGAGUCCUUGCUUUUGGUGUGGCUGUAGUACAGUUUUGUUGUGAGGCUGUUCCUGUGGUAGAUCCAAUACAGUGCAAGUCAACAUGUGAUGAACAAAGUUUGACAGUGUAAAACGAUUCCUAGCAUGGCAUGUUGGCAUGUUUUCUGAAUAUGCUUUUACCAGUAGGACAUACCGCAUAGAAAAAAUCAGGUAGAUUUAUUUAUUUCUCACAACAUUAUUAAUUUGUAAUGUCACAGUUUAUAUGGAGGACAAAUGUUACAACUGGAACACACUCAUUGUUUGUUACACUGUAAUGAAAAUAUAGAGGAAAUAUAUUAUAAUGAAUA